AUGUCCGCUGUAUACACCACCUCCAACGGCGCUGCAGUCAACGAGCCCUAUGCCGCCCAACGCGCUGGCAUCAACGGGCCUCUUCUUCUCCAAGACUUCCACCACAUCGAUCUCCUUGCUCACUUCGAUCGCGAGCGUAUCCCUGAGCGUGUCGUCCAUGCCAAAGCUGCUGGUGCUCACGGCUACUUCGAGGUCACUCACGAUCUCAGUGACAUAACUUCGGCCCCUCUCUUGAAGUCCGUCGGCAAGAAAGUUCGAGUUACUGCUCGCUUUUCUACCGUCGGAGGCGAGUCAGGAUCUGCUGAUACUGCUCGUGAUCCUCGUGGAUUCGCUCUCAAGUUAAGGACUGAUGAGGGCAACUGGGACUGGGUUUUCAACAACACCCCAGUCUUCUUCAUUCGUGACCCGGCCAAGUUCCCCCACUUCAUCCACACCCAAAAGAGACACCCACAGUCCCACUUGAAAGAUGCUGAUAUGUUCUGGGAUUAUCUCUCCCAAAACCCAGAAUCCAUCCAUCAAAUUAUGAUUCUCUUCUCUGACCGUGGAACUCCAGACGGUUACCACAACAUGCACGGUUAUUCCGGACACACGUUCAAGUGGCUCAAGGACGACGGAACCUUCGUGUAUACUCAGGUUCAUGUCCGGGCAGAUAAGGGAUUCAAGACUCUCGACGAUGCCACAGCCACUAAGCUUGCUGGUGAGAACCCGGAAUACGGUAUCGAGUCUCUUUUCAAUGCUAUUGAAUCGGGCAAUUACCCAUCCUGGACCGUAUACGUCCAAACCAUGACUGUGGAACAAGCUGAGAAAUUCCGCUACAACAUUCUUGACCUUACGAAAGUUUGGCCACACUCGGAAUUCCCAUUACGUCCAUUCGGAAAGUUCGUUCUCAACGAAAAUCCUCAAAAUUACUUCGCGGAAAUUGAACAGGCUGCGUUCUCACCUUCUCACCUUAUCCCAUACAUCGAGCCGUCGGCUGACCCUGUUCUUCAAUCCCGCUUGUUCUCGUACCCUGAUACCCACCGCCACCGUCUGGGAGUCAACUACCAGCAACUGCCGGUCAAUGCCCCCGUUGCCCCCGUCAACAACUUCCAGCGCGCUGGUGCCAUGACUUUCAUUUCCCAAGGCAGCGCACCCAACUACCAAAGCAGCAUCCAACCAUUGCUGUACAAGGCGCCUCCAGCGGGUAUCGACUACAGUGCUCGUGAUGUUGAGCGCCUUGCGCGCCACGAAGCCUUCAUUGGCGGCGCUUGGCGUGACCUGAGCGUCAUUACCGAACUCGAUUUCGAGCAACCACGCGCUUUGUGGACCAAAGUCUGGGGUGAGAAGGAGAAAGCGGCGUAUGUCAACAAUGUCGUUGGUCACUUUAAGAACGUCAAGAACGCGACCGUCAAGGCCAGGCAACUGUCCGUAUGGGCUGCCGUCGACCAAGGCCUCUCAGACCGCAUCGCAGCUGCCAUCGGCCACCCUAGCGUCCCGCCUCUCAAGGUCGCGCCGGCCAGCGCAGCUGACCAGUUCAGGGCCAACCUCGGGUUCGCAUUUACUUUCCAAUCAAGGAUAUAG